AUGACGAACCGAUACCAGGACAGCUUCGGACCGUCCUCGAGUAGUCAAGAUGGAGACCGCUCCGCGACGCCCUCAACAACGAGUAAUGCCGAAGACCCCUUCGCGCCUGCCGCGACGCCUCAAUGGGAAAACCAGUUCAUGCCUCGAGACUACCACCUGCCGCUCUUGACCGACAACCACGUUCUCUACCUCUUCACCACACGGACCAACUACCAGCUCACCCGCCCCGAGACGCACGCGGUCAAGAACCAGGUGGAGGAGGAGCUACAUACGGCUGAUCUUCACAAGUUUUCAUUCAUUUGGCUCUCAAAGUCGUUUGACGCCGGUCCGCACGGCUUCCUCCUCCAGUUCUCCAUCAUGGACAUGCUGGAGCUCCCCCAGGAGGUGAUUGUCAACAUUGGCUGCUGCCUUGUGGUGAAUGCGCAUACGGACGUCGACGCGAUCCGUUACUAUCCCCGUGCGGUCAACGACCCGAAGGAGGUCGAGGUCGCGCCGCCUGGAUACCGCAAAUACACCUUUCGCCACAUCCCAUAG